AUGAUCACCCCCGAGUUGAAGACCUUGGCCUCCUUAAAUGCUGUCAAUACCAUGUUUUAUGGAGGCAUCUCAUGUAUUGCACCAUUCUUGAGUGUACAUAUGCGGACAAUUGGACUUACAACAAAACAUCUUAUAUGGGUUUAUGUUGCAUCAGGCAUGGUGUGCAUUUUAGCUCCUCUUUUUAUUGGAUCUCUCGCUGAGAUGAAGACUUCAAAACCAAGAAGAUAUCUCUACAAAUGCUGUUUUGUAUUUUCUCUUUUGCUUGCGGUGUUCGGAUAUACUGCUUUGCUCGCUGUACCAAGAAUUCAAAGAACACCAAGGCAGCAGUUGGUAGAUUUUGAUUGUUCUUCACCAGUAAAUGCUGUAGUCAAUCUAGAAAAAUGUGGAAAUUGGGAGACUUGCUCAGACGUUGCGGCCGCUUGGUCAUCUAAUACCCGUUUCAAGUUAUCUCACUGCCGGUACAAAAGCAAGCAAGAAGAAGUUUCCUAUUCCUCAUUUGACACUUCCAAGUACGAUGGCCAAAGACUUCUUCAUAUGUGCUUCCGAUCAACGAUCAACACAUCCAACCUGUGCCUUGUGUACGAUCCUCAUGUAAGAGAAAACAAUAUUUUAGAAUUCAGCUCAGACCUAACUCUUUGGCAAUACGCAGAGUACAGAAAUGUAUCUGUAAAAGACUUUUCCUUCACCGACGAUCACGAACUGCCAUCUUUUCUUAAUCUGUGCAAUUUUCGUCCAGCAAACACUGGUACACUUAUUACUGUCAGCAAUAAGACACAUGACAGUGUGUUUUGUAAGCGAGCGCCUGGAGAAGAUAUCGAUGGGAUUAAAUGUAUGUUGCAAAUGCAAGUGGACGGACCUCGUCCCGUUUGUUAUGAUGUUGUUGGUAACUUGUCACUUACGUUUUGGAUGUAUUUGGGUCUAAGAUGUGCAGCUGAUGCUUUUCUUAUCGUUUCUGUUUGCCUCUUAGAAGGAAUUUCCCUUAGAGUAAUACAAGCUGGACCCUAUCAUCGAGGUGCAUACGGAAGAACACGUGUGGGGCCGAGCAUCAACAUUUGUGAUAUCCGGUGGAUUGUAGGUGUUUUGGUAGAUUACUUCACCAACAUUGCCGGUGUUGCAGAUUUCUCUCCAGCCUAUUUUAUCUUUGCAGCUUUCGAAAUAACUGCAUGUUCACUGAUGUUUGUUCUGCCUUUACCCGUUGGUGGAAACACUGUCCGUUAUAAUAUUUCAACUGCCAGUGCUACUGAAAGCUACUUGAGCGAGAGUGUAGAAAAGAGGGAAAUAUCUUUAGAAAUGAUCAUUAUAUCUGUGAUUGCUGCUAUUGUCGGCACUGUUUGGAGCUUGGAGCAGAUAUUUGACUUUCUGCUGUACGAAGACAUCGGUUUCAAUCGUACUAUGCUGGGCCUAACUUCCUCUCUCGGAUAUUUAUUUGGAAUGCCCUUUUUAUGGGUAUCCAAAAACCUCAUACAGAACAUCGGGGAGGCCAAUCUAGUGUCUACUGCCUUUGCUUUUCACGCCAUUCACCUGGCUGGGUUGUCUUUCAUCAAAGAGUGGUCGCAUUGGUGGUGGGCUGUUCCAUUUGAGAUGAUGAAAGCUUUUACGACGCCCAUUUUGUGGAUAGCUCUUGCUGCUUCGGUGGAACACGAACGCUCAGGAAGAAGAAUUGCGAUGCAUUACGUCUUGGUUAUUCUCCACUUUGGCAUUGGUGGAAUAUUCGGAUGCUUACUUGGCGGUUUUCUUGGAGAAUAUCGAACGAUGGUUACUGCAUACAGAACAACCUCCUUAAUAUCAUUAGUAAUGGCUGUCAUUUAUUUGGCACUUCAUCACCUGCAUCUUAAGCCAAGACGUCGAAAACGAAUUGCUGAAAGAUGUGCGUUACAACGACAAUCCAUGAAUGGCUCCAGUCUUCUUUUGGUCGAACGCAUGCCUGUGAAUGGAAUGCUGCUUCCAAGAAGGAACUAA